AUGAAAGAGCUUUUCUUGAGGUCAUGCUCUAUAAUCAGGUAUACAGACCUUGGUUCUGAGGAUAGACUUGCUGGUGAGAUGAACCGGGCAUCAAAGUUGAUGCAGGAAAGGUACGCAGACCUCUUCACAAUUCAAAUAAGAAGAGAAGUGGAUCGUCUGAGUCAAGAUGAAAACAAAUCCACAGCUCAUCGGGCCACAAUGGGGAAAUGCAAGUUAUUGAGCGUAGUCGCAUUGAAGAUGGGUAUUCUGGAGAAUAAAAUGGACGAGAGAUGCGGAAUAAGCUAG